AUGUCCAUGCUGGGUAUGGAGUCCCCAGCAUCCGCCCUCAACUGCACUAUCAGACAACGGCGCGACAGUGAUAUCGAAUCAUGCGUGUCGGUGCUUGGCCGCGUCCAGAAGCAAGAUGGCUAUCCCGUCGCAGUUGCCGACUUCAGAGCCUUCCUCACACCCAAGACACUGGAGCAGGCAUGGGUAGCUGAGCACAAUGGCCAGAUCGUGGGUCACAUAUCUGUCAGCGCGGCACAAGUGGGCGACGUCGCCGUUGACCUCUGGCGACGAAGGCAUCCAGACGACCACAUCGCGGCGCUCCAGAGGUUAUUCCUGGCUCCGGAGUAUCGAGGGUGCGGCCUCGCCUCUAAGCUCAUUGAAAACGCCGUCCAUUGGAGUCAUCAGAAAGGUUACCGACAUCUGGUGCUCUAUGCGCUGAGGAAGGAUCUCAAAGCUGCCCGGUUAUACGACCGUCUUGGCUGGGAACACUUUGACACCGGAAUGUUUGCGUAUGGCGAUGGUCAGGAAAUGGAGGCUUUGUGCUUCUCAAGCCCUGGUCCCCGGUGA